AUGCUGUGGACUCAAGCGGCUGUAAACCCUGCCAUUCAAGUAAUUCUAGUAAAGCGCUUUGUAAUAUUACACAAAGAUCCCGAGAACCUGACUCGCCUAAGUACUCUAUCUACAGAUGUGACAACCUCGACUCUAGCAAUUGGUUUUGCUACAAGUACCGAGUUUGAGACUACGGCCACCAACAUCGCUACUUUGGAUUUAACAACUACAACUACUGCUUCAAUCGAUUCAAGAAAUGAGGCAACGACCGGGACAUUGCCUCCAGAGACCACUGCCACCGAGCUGUGUGCUUCCGCUACCACAAGUGACUUGGCCUCUCAACCGAUUGAGACGUUCUUGUUGUCCGCUGCAGUGAGCGGCGCCGUAAGCCCCUAUUUGCUGAGUACAAAACUCGAUGGCAGCCUAAAAGGAUGGAAUAUCGCCCGGUCCAUCAUAGGAGAACGACUAAGCUUCACCAUCGAAGCUGGCAUGAACUACGCGGUGGAGGUUACCGGAUACUACCUGUGUGUCAACACGGCAUGA